AAAAGCUCUCGAGCACACCUGACAGCCCAUCAGUAUUCGUCGUCGGGAGCCUCUUCUUCGUUAUGCGAUCGGCCUAAUCAUCGGAAGAGAUCGUCACUAGAAAGGAAAAGCAGGAAAAAUAUGGUCAAGCAACUGAAAUGGCGGUUUUUGGGAAUCCUGGUGCCAUCACUGCUAAUCGCAGGCCUGGGACAUGGCGGAGAUUGGCUUAUUCUUCGGCAUCGCCUUAGUGAAUCAGAGCUGCGAUGGCAUCGAAUCCGCAUAUUUCUGAUCUGGUUCACAUACGCGCUUGCAGUUCUCCGUCCUGCAGGAUCACCUCCACGACCAGAUUUCCGCCCAGAUGAAGCGCUUGCGAAACUGUGCACAUUUUGCAAAAAGUGCAAUGCGAUCAAACCACCGCGUACACAUCAUUGCAAGAUUUGCAAAACUUGCGUGCUGAAAAUGGAUCAUCACUGCCCCUGGACGAACAACUGCGUUGGGCACCGAAAUCUUCUCUACUUUGUUCGGUUUUUGACGAGUGCAGUUUGGGGAUUGACGACGUUCUUCUUCACGCUAUGUGGACGGAUCAUGGAUCUGUGGGAGUCAAGGCACCGGCCAAUGCUGGACUCGAUGAUCACAAAGACCGAGCUUACAGCGACAUUGAUUAUGACUCCAGUUACACUACUUGUAUGGUUCAGUCUUGCAAUCUUGCUCAUCCGGACACUCUGGAAUUUGUGCUUAAAUACAACCCUGAUAGAAUCCUGGGAGAAGGAACGCGUUGAGGGCCAGAUCCGCCGCGGAAGGUUACCACAGAAUACAGGUGACUUCCCAUACGAUCUCGGAAGUCCGAUUGACAAUUUGCGCGCAGGAUUGGGACCAUUUCUGAGCUGGUUUAAUCCUUUCUCGGAGCCGGACGGAGAUGGAAUGCACUUUGAGAUGAUUGAAGAAGCUGAUCUGGACAAACCCUGGCCACCAGCAGAUCCCGAUGAGACUCCUAUUUAUCGACAUAACGAGCGACCGCUACCUCCAAGCUUUACAGAACAAAGGAGACGGCAAACACACAGUGGUCAGGCUGCUGGCCAACCAUUUUUCAACGAGCGUGUACAGGAUGAGCAGACGUAUGGAGAUCGUAUUCGACGGUCGGAUGGGUACGAUGGUGGUUCAGACUCUGAGCCAGAUGAGGGUGCAUCUGCUGAAGAGUAUUGGAGAAAAGACAAGUGGCAGUCAUGGGAUGGCGAUCGGCUUGAGGACUUUGGUGUGGAUGCUGAAGCCGAGGUGUAUUCAAUGGAAGAAGCCACAGACGACAAUGAGCCACAGGGGAAUACAUUCGAUAGCGAGGAUGUUCCUCUAGGCAUCGUCAAGCGGAAGCUUGUUUCUAGCUAAUUGGCCAGGUCUAGUAGAGACUCUCGACUUGUGUUUACGGCGAUUGGAUCCGCAAAGAUCAAUUAUUGAGAGCAUCACUGAAUAGACUACAUAUAUAUAUUAUAUAAGCGUACACUAAAUAUUAGUAACUAAGGAC